UUAUAUAUAUAGAAAGAAGUAAAGGGCCAAACUCAUCAACUUCUCCUGUAAGAAUCAGACGAACUUUCGUCAACAGCGCCUUACACUGGUUUACUUCCAUGGAUAUUGAUCCCGACGAUGUUUUUCGCGACGACGACGACCCGGAGGAUGAAUUCCACCAGGAGAGAGAUGCUACGAAGGAGAUGUUGGUGUAUUUGGUGGAUGCUUCCCCCAAAAUGUUCUCCACCACUUUCCCUUCAGAAGAUCAGAAGGAUGUCAGUCACUUUCAAAUUGCUGUCCGUAGCAUUGCACAGUCCCUGAAGACUCAAAUUAUCAAUAGGUCUUAUGAUGAAGUUGCUAUAUGCUUCUUUAAUACUAGGGAAAAGAAGAAUUUGCAGGACCUGAAUGGUGUAUAUGUUUUUAAUGUUCCUGAACGAGAGGAUUUAGAUCGACCAACAGCUAGGCUUAUCAAAGAAUUUGACCGCAUAGAAGAGUCAUUUGAUAAACAAAUUGGGAGUAAAUAUGGCAUCUUGCCUGGAACUCGUGAUAAUUCUCUUUACAAUGCUUUUUGGGCUGCACAAGCAAUAUUGCGGAAAGGGUCUGCAAAAACAGCUGAUAAAAGGAUUCUGUUGUUUACAAAUGAAGAUGAUCCAUUUGGGAACAUGAAAGGAGUGACAAAAAUGGAUAUGAUGAGAACAACAUUACAACGAGCCAAAGAUGCUCAAGAUCUUGGCAUCUUAAUUGAACUCCUUCCCUUGAGUAGACCAGAUGAAGACUUCAAUAUGUCCACUUUCUAUGCGGAAUUAUUGGGACUGGAAGGCAAUGACCUGGCUGAGUUUAAGGCUUUAAUAGGGGAGAGAUUUGAGGAUAUGAAAGAUCAGCUAAGAAAGCGUAUUUUCAGAAAGCGGAAAGUUCGAAGAAUUAACUUCAUCAUUGCUGGUGGCAUAUCCAUUGAAUUAAAUACCUAUGCUUUAGUCCGUCCAACCAAUCCAGGGGCUAUCACUUGGCUUGAUUCAGUCACUAAUCUUCCUAUAAAGGCAGAGAGAUCUUUUUUCUGUUCAGACACUGGUGCUCUGCUGCAGGAGCCUCCAAAACUUUUUCAGACUUACAAGAAUGAGAAUAUAAUGUUCUCAGCCAAUGAACUUUCCGAAAUCAAGAGGGUCUCUACCGGACAUCUUCGUCUCCUAGGUUUCAAGCCGUUGAGUUGCUUGAAGGAUUAUCACAACUUGAGGCCAUCGACCUUUGUUUUCCCAAGUGAUGAGGAAGUGAUUGGAAGUACUUGUAUUUUCAUAGCUCUUCACAGAUCAAUGUUGCGGCUGAAGCGUUUCGCCGUUGCGUUUUAUGGGAGCUCAACUCAUCCUCAGUUGGUGGCAUUAGUUGCACAAGAUGAGAUUGUCAGCACCAGUGGUCAGAUUGAACCACCUGGAAUGCAUAUGAUAUAUCUUCCAUAUUCUGAUGAUAUCAGACCUGUUGAAGAGCUUCACACUGAUACAAAUCCCAUGGCACCUCGAGCAACUGAAGACCAAAUAAAGAGCGCCUCUUUGUUAGUGAAGCGUGUUGAUCUAAAAAACUUUUCAGUUUGCCAAUUUGCGAACCCUGCCUUGCAGAGACAUUAUGCAGUAUUGCAGGCUCUGGCUUUGGAUGAAGAUGAAAUGCCUGAUACCAAGGAUGAAACCCUUCCAGAUGAAGAAGGCUUGGCGAGACCGGGUAUUGUCAAAGCAUUGGAAGAGUUCAAGCUUUCUGUCUAUGGAGAAAAUUUUGAAGAGGAGAAUGACUUGAUGAACAAUGAAAAAACAAGUGAAGCCUCCAAAAAAAGGAAAGCAAUUGCUGAAAAUGCAACCAAGGAGUAUGCAAACUAUGACUGGUUAGAUCUUGCAGACAAUGGAAAGUUGAAGGAGUUGACGGUGGUGGAACUUAAGUACUACCUGACCAGACACAACCUGCCCGUUACUGGGAAAAAGGAAGCUCUGAUCAGCCGAAUCUUAACUCACAUGGGUAAAUGAUUGUUGUUAAGGACUAUUGCAUUUUCUGCAUCGCUCUGGCUUUUAGACACUAAAAGAUGCAAUACAUUAUGUGGUUGCACUUGAAACUGUUGUCAACCAAUGCUCUCUCCUGAUCAUCUUUUAAUGGUUGCUUCAUGUUGCUGUCAUCUUGACUGUACAGGAGGAAUGUUAUUUUUGUGAUAAAAGCUGCCUUUGAAUGCCAGAAAUUAUCUACGUUUUAGAAAA